AUGGGGGUAUACUUCCAAUGUUCCUGGCACUGGGCUGAAGGCCUUCCUCUUGAUGCCCCUAGAUCAGAAGAGGAAGCCCUAGCCCAGAUCGACCGGCUCUACAAAUCCGGUGUGCCGUUUUUCAGCAAAGAGAUGAUUGGCGACGCCUGGGCCAAGAUCCAGCAACUCAAUGCUCCGGGCAGUAAGAUCCAGCUCAAGGGCCCAGAUGGCAUAGUGAUCGAACACGAGACUAGGACUGGCGAACUGCCGGACCGAUAUCGCGACUCAAAAGCCUCCCAAACCGAAAGGGUUCUACAGAGACCUGUUCUUUCUUACGUGCCCUAUGCGCAUCUAAAACACCGGCUAUACUGGCAGAGCUACUAUGAUGAGGAUACACCGCCCUGCUGUACCAUAACGCUCAUGCACCCUACCAUCACAAGACGCAUAGGCACCCACGAGCCAGUACCUGAUCCGGAGCUGAGGCUGGAUCCGGAGCCCCGGAGCCAAGGUGAGCUGUUAGAAGCAUGGAGUAAGAAGCAGUUGGGCUGGAUCAAGAGCCCUAUGUGCUCCAAUCUGAAGCAGAUUCUCUCAUCAUCCGCUGCAGAUCUAGAUAUCCGUCAGAUCGUGGGGUUCUCGCUGGGGUCGAUCUCCCACGAUAUAGAUGACCGCAGCGGCUACCAGCACGCGCUGCUACUGACUCUGCGCGAUUGGCUGCUGGAGGAGCGUGAUGCCGUCGUGCCUUGCUAUGUGCAGGAUCCGAUCUAUACAGAAGGUGAUAGUGUCAUUAUGAAGGAGAAUGAUGUGGAGAUUCUGGAUGACCCGUUGGGUUGGUUAGCGAUAGACGACACAUCCAUUGUGGUUUCUAUAGCCUCUAAUGUUGCGAGCAAGGAGAUAGUCGCCGACAUUGCUCGUCCGGCUAUAGUCAUCUGGGGCCGGGUAGGGGACAAUAACUAUGACCAAAGAGGAAAGCUUUCUCUGACCGAUCCUGACUCCCCGAGAGUCCGCAAGAUGAUGGAGGGCUAUGAAAUGUUUGAAUUUGGAGCUGAUGACCAUGUGGGCGAUGUAGUGGUCUAUGUCCGACGGCGCAGGACCAAGUGCCACGAAGGGAGAGCCUGUCUU